GUCCGGCUAAUCGCGGGGGCCUACGGCGUAAUCGACCGCGCGUCGCGCUCACGUCGCGUUUAUUGUAUAUCCUCGAGAAGCAGCCCGGUUCCUCUGGCGUAUCUCGAUGCAGUGAGCGUCGGUGUACGGAAAAUGGCGGACGGUGACAUAGAUUUGUACGCCGACGAUCUCGAGCAAGAUUUCGCGCAGGAUGAAUUCGCCGGUGAUGGCGUUGAUCUAUAUGAUGACGUGAUUGGCCCAGCAGGUGGUAAUGGAGGCGUCUCCUCCGGGAAUACCGGGGACGGUGGUGGUGAUACCACGUCUCCCAAUGAGGAAACUAAUGGAAAUGCCCCUUAUCAUCAACUCGGCAACAAUAUACAACCAAAUCAAAUUGGUCGACGUCAUCAGCUUUACGUUGGAAAUUUGACAUGGUGGACAAGUGAUCAAGAUAUAACAGAUGCAGUACAAAGCAUCGGUGUGACUGACUUUGCAGAAGUGAAAUUCUUCGAGAAUCGCGCCAACGGACAGUCCAAAGGUUUUUGUGUAAUAUCUUUGGGCUCUGAGCAGAGUAUGAGAAUAUGUAUGGAAAGAUUGCCGAAGAAGGAAUUACAUGGUCAGAAUCCUGUAGUGACUUUUCCAACAAAACAGGCGUUGAAUCAAUUUGAAUCGCAGUGUAAGACACGACCCGCUCCGGCUCCGCAACAGAGUCAGAGCCAACGUCCUCAUAAUCCACAUCAACAUCAGCCACCAAUGCCACCUCAUCAACAGCAUCCCCAACAUCCUCAACAUCCUCAACAUUCACAACAAAAUCACGGUCCUAGAAUGAUGAUGGGUCCUCCACAGGGUGUUAGACCUCAGAGAAUGCCACCACCCGGAAUGGGUCCGCCUGGUCCAGGUGGACCGGGUCAGCAGGGACCGCCACGAAUGCAUGGUCCGCCAUUAGGGCCGGGUCCGGGUCCACAUCAUCCUUUGCCUGGUCACCCUAAUCAAGGUCCUCCGCCUGGUUAUCAGCAAGGACCAUGGAACGGACCGCGUCCUAAUGGUCCUCCAGGACCGCCUAGAGGACCCAGUGGACCGGGUGGCCCACCUCAGCAAGGUCCACCAGGACCAGGUCCUGGUCAGCAUAGACCACCUGGAAUGCAAUUUCACGGUGGUCCCCCUGGACCACGCCAGGGACCUCCUCGUGGCCCACCCGGACAUCCUGGUGGACCUGCAGGGGAUCCAAGAGGAGCUCAACCGCGUCCUGAAUGGAAUAGACCGCCAGGAAUGCAUCAUGGGCCUCAGGGACCACCAGGUUUCCCUCAACAUCAACAUAUGCAAGGGCCGCAGCCUGGCCAAGGCCCACCACAGAGAGGACCUCCUCCAGGUUCUAUGGGUGGCCCAGGAGGCCCGCCUCCAGGACAUGGUGGACCACCGCAAGGACCUCCACAAGGACCGCCAGGUGGCCCAGCACCUCAUGUCAAUCCAGCUUUCUUUCCGCAAGGACCACCUCAUCAGCAUCCCGGUCAACAUCCACCAGGACCUCCCGGUCCGCCUCAUGGACCGCCUCAUGGACCACCUCAUGGUCCUCCUCACGGUCCUCCUCAUGGUCCCCCUCAUGGACAACCACAUGGACCGCCGCAUGUGCCGCCACAUGGUUACGGGCCACCAAGUGCACAAGCACCUUACGGAGCACCCGGUCCUGAUCAUCGUCCGGAAGGUCCACCCCCGUUAACCGAACAAGAAUUCGAAGAGAUAAUGAGCCGCAAUCGCACAGUGUCCUCGUCUGCGAUCGCUCGGGCGGUGUCUGAUGCCGCGGCGGGCGAAUACGCAAGUGCCAUAGAGACUCUGGUUACUGCUAUAUCGCUGAUAAAACAAUCCAAGGUAGCAGCAGAUGACAGAUGCAAGAUCCUGAUCAGUUCUCUCCAGGAUACUUUGCGCGGCGUCGAAACUAAGAGCUAUGGAUCCGGACGUAGAGAACGUUCGCGUUCGCGCGACAGAGAGCGCAGUCAUAGAAGACGACGCGAACGGUCCAGGAGCCGGGAUCGCGAGUAUCGUGAACGUAGCAGAGAACGGGACCGGGAGCGCGAUCGGGAGCGUGAUCGUGAGAGAGAAAGAGACCGCGAUAGAGACAGGGAACGUUAUUACAGCGAACCAUAUCCGAGAGAGCGAUCACGCAGCAGAGAAAGAGAGCGCGAACGCGAGAGAGAUCGUGAAUAUAGAGAGAGAAGCAGAGAAGAAAGUACAACACGUCAAUCAGCCAGGCCAAGAGUAAAAGAAGAACCGCCAGAGACGGCACCCGUCUCAUCUUCCAAGGCGUCUAGGUAUUAUGACGAUCGCUACAGAGAGCGUGAGCGAGAGCGAGAUCGAGAACGUGAAUCAAGCCGAAGACCAUCCGAGCGGGAACGGGAACCGGAACGUGAACGUGAACGGGAACGAGAACGGGAUCGUCGGGAUGAACGAGGAGACUCUUCGCAUCGCUCAAGACAUUAAAAAAAAAGAAAAGAACAACAGAACAAAAGAUACAAACAUCGAAGAGAGACGAUAGGAAGUGUGCUAAAACCACAGACUUGCAGAAUUUAUUUAACGAAACAUCAGAUGGAUGUACAACAUAUACACAUUCAUACACACAUUGCGAUCCUCGUCUCUUAAGGCUCCUAGAUCCUCGCUGCGAUCAUGUUAAAUUGUGACGUCAGAAACGAAAAAAACUCUCAGAUGCCAUUUUUCAAUGAAAAAAUAUUUCACGAUAAAAUUAUUUCAAAUGACUGUGGCACACUUUGAAAAUACCUUGACAGUCAAUCAACAACCGUAAAAUAAGCGUGAUGUUAAAUUUUGUACUGCGCAAUGUUUGCGCAUGUGCAAAGAUCAGACCGACUGAGCGUCAUUACAGCUGUUGAUUGAUUAUAAAGGGAAAAAGGAUAGUUUUCGAGAUCACAAUUCCAAUAUAGUCGGCGAGAAGCCAGGAGCUUUAAUUCUUGAAGUAAAAGUAAUAUUAUGUCGCUUGUAAUGCUGGUAUGAAUAUAUGUGACAGCUAAAAGAAUUGUUAACUAAACGCGACAAUAUCGAGAGAUAUUAGGAUAAUCUCAUUAAAGGGGGUACUUUUUGCGAAUUAACGAAUUGCUCUUUAGAUUAGUCCGAGGAUUUAGUAUAACUUCACAUAUAGAAUUCUGUAUGUUCUUGUCUUCUUUUCAAAGUAGCCAAACUCGUGCUCACCGUGAAACUUCUUCAUUGAUCGCAGAGUUACUUUUAUCUUGCAUACAUAUAUCUUAAUACGAUAUAAUGCACUUAUCUCUAUAUGUAUACAUAUAUCUAUGUAAUUGUAUUAAGAAAAUAUUUACAUUUAGUCCGAGGAUAGAUUUGUAAAAUGAAUGGCUAUCGCGUAUAAGAUUAGGUAAAGGGGAAAGAAACAUAUUUUGAUGCAUCUCUCGUACGAGAUUAAGAUACAUUUACAGUGAGAAGAGGAAAAUAACAGGAAAAAAGGAGCAAGCUGUACGACGAAAGCAAGAAUAUUCUUGGAGAAACGGAAUGAAGAACGAAGACAUCUUACGCGAGAAACCUUCUUCAGCACGGACGAGAUUCAAGAUUGUAUCUUAACAUAUAUAUAUAUACAUAUAUAUAUAAUACAUAUAUACGCUUUCAAAAAAAUAUAAAUGCCAAACAUGUCUUUACUUUAUUCAUCUUGUACACACAAAAUCCUGACGAUAUGAAAAAAGAUAGACAACUAUAUUUUUGUUUCUGCGAUUUUAUGAAGCUCCCGAAUUUUCAGUUUUUCGAAAAGCUAGAUCAAUUAUAUAUAAAUAUGUAUUGUAAUCCUCUGAUGUGAUCGGCCUAUGUAACUUGCAAAAUCUUUUAUUCAGUAUUAUGAAUAAGCUGUACUCUCAUCCGAGGAUUUAUAAUAGAAAAGAGAAAACGUUCUCCGCUAUAAAUGAAAUAAAUUUUUAAUAAUUGUAUAUGAUCUGCUUUUCGAAGAAAAAUACAAAUUGGAGUAUGCUUUAUAAUAAGAAAUUAGAAAUAAAUGCGCUAUAAUAUUGUGCUUAUGAGAAUGGGCUGUACAGAUUGUUAGAUAUUUUGUAAAAAAUUAUAACAUGUAACUCACAGUAUUAAUAUUAUAAUAAUAUAUGUAAUAUGUAUGAUUAUACUAAAAAUUCGUACAAAUUUCAUAGAGAAUAUUUUGAAAAUCAAUCUCACGAAGCAUUAUAUAUAACGCAAUUAUUUCUAUGUAAAACCAAUAAACUCUCCUGACUUUUUGUGUUGUGAGCUGUAAGACUAAGUUAAAAAAUGCAUGAAGCUUUGGUUACAAUCGCAUAUAUUUUCAUGCGCUAUUCAAAGUAUAUAUAUCAAUGAUUAUUAUAUCAUUGAUGUUAAAGACUAUGCAAAUAGCAUUAAGAAAAUCAAAAUAAUUUGGUACAUGAGAUAGUCAAAUUGUUUACUUAAAAUUAUGUAAAGCGGUGGCGAUGUGUGUAUCGCAUAAGAUAUUGACAUAUCGAACGUGAUGCAUUAUACAUUAUAUAUUUCACUCUGUUAUAAAUAAGUGAAAUAACAAUUUGACUAUAAACAUAAGUUUAUUGAGUUAAGUCUAUUUAACAGUUAAUACAUUUUGCAUAACAGAGUCAUCAAUCUUUUGAAAGAUAAAAACCUAAGGUUCUUUGCAAAAUGACUUUGAAAUGCAAAUUGUUAGUAUUCUUCCUAUGUUCAAACGCUGUACGCAUUCCACUUAUAAAAAUGAAAUAUUAAAUACUUCAUUUUUUUGCGAAUUUACAGAUAAACUUUAAGCUUCAAAUAAAAUUUUGUUGGAUUAAUAAAUAAUUUCAAAGUGCUUGUAAAUUCUACGAAACGAGGAAGAAACAAACAUUUUUUACAAAGUUUAUCUUUUAUGCGUAAUUGAAUCUGGAGUAUUUAUAUAAAGGGAUACACAUAUGAUUUUUUUAUAUAUAUAAAUUAAGAUUAACGUUUCUUGAACAAUAAGUUUUUAGUUUUUAUGCUCAACUAGUCUUUAUAUUAAUUUUUCAGAAGGAUAGAAUUUUAUUUGUCUUUUUUUUAAGAUAUAAAAAUUUUAAGAGAUAUAUAUGUUAAAUAAGAACAUGUCUCCAAUAUUAGAAAGUCACAUAUAUAUAUAAUGUAUUCCUGACUUCUAUGUUACAAAUUACAAAAUUGUAAAUCAUUGUAUUAUGUAAUCUUGAUAUAAUCAGAACUCUGCUGUUCUUUAUUAAUUGAUAUGUGGCUAAAGAUGAUAUAAUACGAUUUUAACGUUAUAAUUUACCACUCACUAGCGCUUGAAAAAGGUUCUUUCCUUUAUUAAGAUUAUUUCUGCAUGAAUUACAUACACAUUCAAUAUUUUAAUUUUUAUUUAUGUCAAAGAAUCCGAUGCACACACAUGAGGAAUGAAUCUUUUGAUUGUUAUACAAUUAAUGUAUUUUUAAGUUUUAUAAUGCAUUAGAUGCAUUUUUAAGCUCAAGAUUUUUUUUAACUAUCUACUCGUAUCAAAAUUCAAAAUUUAAGAAACUGCUCGAGACAAAUUGCACAUUCAAUAUCAUUUGAAUGUUGCGAAAUUCCAUUGUAAACUCUUCCUCGAAUUUAUGAAAACAAUUUGUGAUUAUUUGCGCAUCAUCAGAUUUUUAACACGUAUUUAAUAAGAACCGUAUAAAUUUUUUAACUGAAAAGUGAUUGCUACACAAAGCGCGAUCAUAUAUAAUUUUAUUCAUACGUGUGAUAUAUAUAUGUGCGAUAAUAUUUAGCAUCCUAUUUAAAUGCCAUUAAAGUAGAACACGCUUGCUAUUUUUCUAGCUGAAUCAUCCAAGAACAGCAGCUAGUUAUUUCAGUCUGAUAUUGAAUUUUGAAGUGCGAUGAUUUCUUAAUAGAAUUUCCGUUUAUUUAAAUUUA